AUGACUGCAUCUUCAUUCCUCUCAGCCCUGUCACUGCACCUGAUCUUCAGGCCAGCAGCUCAUCUCAUCCCUUCCCCAGGCCAGUCCCUGGCUCUAAGCAGUGCAGUCUCUUCCUUUGCUACUCUAGCUGACAGUUCUUGUGAAGCUCUCAGUGUUAUCAGUAUAAUCAGUCUUCAAGAUUCUGCUGCAACUGCAUGCAUUCUGGUGUUCAGCUUCUCUGAAGUCUGUGCAUUUCUGACAGUCUUCACAUCAAAUGUUCUUAGUGAAGACUGCAUCAUUCUGACUUGUCAGAAUUCACAGUAUGAAAGUCAUGUCUCAGCUUCUGCAGAUGUCUUAUCUGUUCAGAUGAUUCUCAAGUGA